AUGCACUUAAUGACUCUCCAGCCUCCCUCACUCCCUCCCUCACCACUCCCUCCCCACGGCCUCCCUCACCCCCUCCCUCACCACUGCCUCCCACAUUCCCUCCCUCACCACCACCUCCUCCCUCCCUCCCUCACCCCCUCCCUCAUCACGGCCUCCCUCACCCCCUCCCUCACCACUGCCUCCCUCACCACGGCCUCCCACACUCCCUCCCUCACCACCUCCUCCCUCCCUCACUCACUCCCUCCCUCACUCCCUCCCUCACCACUGCCUCCCUCACACCACGGCCUCCCACACUCCCUCCCUCCCUCACCACUCCUCCUCCCUCCCUCACUCACUCCCUCCCUCACUCCCUCAUCACGGCCUCCCUCACCCCCUCCCUCACCACUGCCCCCCUCACCACCUCCUCCCUCCCUCACUCACUCACUCCCUCCCUCACUCCCUCAUCACGGCCUCCCUCACCCCCUCCCUCACCACUGCCCCCCUCACCACCUCCUCCCUCCCUCACUCACUCACUCCCUCAUCACAGCCUCCCUCACCCCCUCCCUCACCACCUCCUCCCUCCCUCACCGCUGCCUCCCUCACUCACUCAUUCAUUCCCUCCCUCCCCCCCCCCCCUCCCUCCCUCACCCCCUCCCUCACCACGGCCUUUCACACUCCCUCCCUCACCGCCUCCUCCCUCCCUCACCACCCCCUCCCUCCCUCACGCCCUCCCUCACCACUACCUCCCAGAAAUAA